AUGGCUGAAAACGUUGGAAACGCUCAACCCGCUACUGGAACUGGCGGUACCGCCGCAACAGGUCAACAAGACUACUUGGACAAAGGUGUUGAUUACGGACUUAAACAAACCGGUCACGGUCAAUCUGCUAGUACCACUGAGAAGAUCUCUGAUGGUGUUAGAUCAGGAUUCAAGAAGCUCACCGGAAAGGAUGUCCCUAUCCAAGACAAACAAUAG